AUGCCUUCCGAAUUGGAUAACUCCUCUGUCAUGAAUGAUUCCACAGCUUCUGGUGAAGCCAGUGCCUCUUCUUCAGGUAAUCAAGCUGCUCCUGCUAAAUCAUCUGCCAAGAAGAAGAGAAAUCUCCCGGGCAUGCCAGAUCCGGAUGCAGAGGUGAUUGCUCUGUCGCCAAAGACCCUCUUAGCUACAAACCGAUUUGUGUGUGAAAUUUGCAAUAAAGGGUUCCAGAGGGACCAAAAUUUGCAGCUGCAUAGGAGGGGACACAAUUUGCCCUGGAAGCUUAGGCAGAGAUCAAGCAAAGAGGUGAAGAAAAGAGUCUAUGUCUGCCCGGAACCUAGUUGUGUGCACCAUGAUCCUGCUCGCGCGUUAGGAGAUUUGACCGGAAUCAAGAAGCAUUUCUGCAGAAAACAUGGUGAGAAGAAGUGGAAAUGUGACAAAUGUUCAAAGAAGUAUGCAGUACAAUCUGAUUGGAAGGCUCAUUCAAAGAUUUGUGGAACUAGGGAGUAUAAAUGUGAUUGUGGAACUCUGUUUUCGAGGAGGGAUAGUUUCAUCACACACAGGGCUUUUUGUGAUGCAUUGGCUGAGGAGAGUGCAAGGACAAAGCUUCCUGAGGCUCCUGCAGUUUCGAAAACUACCGAUGAGGAGCCAAAGCUUCAAACUUUAGCAUCAUCAUCACCACCACCGCCCUCAGCAUCACCUUCACCUCCGCAACCAGCUGCUCCUCUUGUAUCUUCAUCUUUACCAAUUCAAAACCCAGAGGUUCCUGAACAUACCAAUCCAACUCCAACUCCAACUCCGACUCAGAUUCGAGAGGAAGUUUCUACUGUGGCCAGUUUAACUGGAAGUGCUGUUAGCAGUAGUUCAAGCAGUCAUGGAAGUACUAGCAGCACUAUGUUUGCAAGCUUAUUUGCCUCAUCAACAGCAUCAGGAAGCUUGCAGUCUCAAACACCUACAUUCACUGAUUUGUUUAGACCUAUGGGUCGUCCUGAAACAGUGCCUGAGUUCGCACCAUCAUCCUCUACAGAGCCUAUAUCAUUAUGUCUUGCUACAAAUCACGGAUCAUCAAUCUUUGGGACAGCCGGCCAAGAGCGUAGGCAAUAUGCUCCUGUACCACAACCUGCUAUGUCUGCAACAGCAUUGCUACAAAAAGCUGCUCAGAUGGGAGCAGUUUCAACAAAUGCUUCAUUGUUGAGAGGCUUGGGAAUCGUUUCGUCAUCCUCUGCAUCCAAUGGCCAACCGGAAUGGAGUGGGAGGCCGGUUGAAACUGACAGCUCAUCGCUGGCAGCCGGCCUCGGACUUGGCCUGCCCUGUGAUGGAGGGUCUAGUUUGAAGGAACUGAUGUUGGGAACUCCUUCUGUAUACGGUCCAAAGCAUACUACCCUUGAUCUUCUUGGAUUAGGGAUGGCAGCUGGUGGGGGCCCGUCUGGUGGUUUUUCUGCCUUAAUGACUUCCAUUGGUGGUGGGCUUGAUGUUGCUGCAUCGUUUGGUGGCAGUGGUGAGUAUUCUGGCAAAGACAUGGGCAGGGGAUCAUGA